UUCAACGUGACUUAUGUAGGUUCAAAGACCCCACUGAAAACUGAUCUGUUUAAAUCACGGUUGCAGAUACUUAGAGGGACGAGGGACAUCUCAGACAGAAUCAUGAGGGAAAUCGUCCACAUGCAGGCUGGCCAAUGUGGCAACCAAAUUGGUUCAAAGUUCUGGGAGGUGAUCUCCGACGAGCACGGCAUCGACCCCACCGGCACCUACCAUGGUGACUCCGACCUCCAGUUGGAGAGGAUCAAUGUCUACUACAAUGAAGCUUCUGGAGGCAAAUAUGUCCCCCGUGCUGUCUUGGUCGACCUGGAGCCCGGCACUAUGGACUCUGUCCGAUCUGGUCCUUUUGGACAGAUCUUCCGUCCAGACAACUUCGUGUUCGGCCAGAGCGGUGCUGGCAACAACUGGGCCAAGGGUCACUACACAGAAGGUGCUGAGCUGGUGGACUCUGUGUUGGAUGUUGUUCGCAAAGAGGCAGAGAGCUGUGACUGUCUUCAGGGCUUCCAGCUGACCCACUCUCUGGGUGGCGGCACCGGGUCAGGCAUGGGCACCCUCCUCAUCAGUAAGAUCAGAGAGGAGUACCCCGACCGAAUCAUGAACACUUUCUCCGUUGUGCCAUCACCAAAGGUAUCCGACACGGUCGUCGAGCCCUACAACGCCACUCUGUCAGUCCAUCAGUUGGUUGAGAACACAGAUGAAAGUUACUGUAUCGACAACGAGGCUCUGUACGACAUCUGCUUCAGAACACUGAAACUGACCACACCCACAUACGGUGACCUCAACCAUCUUGUGUCAGCCACAAUGUCCGGAGUGACCACUUGUCUGAGGUUCCCUGGUCAGUUGAACGCUGAUCUCCGUAAACUGGCUGUCAACAUGGUACCCUUCCCCCGUCUUCAUUUCUUCAUGCCCGGCUUCGCUCCCCUCACCUCCAGAGGAAGCCAACAGUACCGUGCACUCACAGUGCCCGAGCUCACCCAGCAGAUGUUCGAUGCCAAGAACAUGAUGGCUGCCUGUGAUCCCCGUCACGGCCGUUACCUGACAGUAGCCGCCAUGUUCCGAGGCCGCAUGUCCAUGAAGGAGGUCGACGAACAGAUGCUCAACGUCCAGAACAAGAACAGCAGCUACUUCGUUGAAUGGAUCCCCAACAACGUCAAGACCGCCGUCUGUGACAUCCCACCACGUGGCCUCAAGAUGUCGGCUACCUUCAUUGGCAACAGCACUGCCAUCCAGGAGCUGUUCAAGCGCAUCUCCGAGCAGUUCACGGCCAUGUUCAGGAGAAAGGCUUUCCUCCAUUGGUACACUGGCGAGGGCAUGGAUGAGAUGGAGUUCACUGAGGCCGAGUCCAACAUGAACGACUUGGUGUCUGAGUACCAGCAGUACCAGGACGCUUCAGCUGAGGAAGAGGGAGAGUUUGACGAGGAAGAAGAGGGAGAAGUGGCUUGAUUCAUGUCAAUCGUUUCUUCUUUGAAAGAUCCUGUCGUUUCAGUCUCAUGUCACAGUUUGUCCAUUAGGACAAGAGUUUUUUUAAUCAAUGUCUCUAAAGGGUCCAUUAUAUAAACAGUAUUUCUGGUCAGCGUGCUCAAGGGUUUCAUGUUUCAUUCCUUUUGUCCUUAAUCAGUAUUACAUUUCAGCAUUCAUUUGACAUGUCCCCUUCUCAUUUUCAAGUUUGUGCCAAAGACUGAUUGGUUGAUCAAAUUUAAGGUGUGAGACACUGAAUAUAAAAUAUUCUGUGUUUGCCCUUGUUUUUAUCACCUCUUGCCAACGUGGUAAUCAUUCGAUAAAUGUGUUGUGAUUGGGAACUUUAUUUUUCUUGCUGAAUUUCAUCUGUUUUUUGACAAUCAUAUUGUUUACACAUCAAUUAUUGUGCAAUGCCUCUGCUCAGUUUUCCUGUUGGAUUAAUUUGAUUGCAUUGUACAGUUCUGAUGCUGUUACAGCAAUUAAAAUGUUGAAAUAUU